AUGAGGAAAAAGGUUGACGAACGCAUCAGAACUCUCAUUGAGAAUGGCGUCAAAGCCCGACAUCGCUCCAUGUUCGUCAUUAUUGGUGACAAAUCACGCGACCAGGUUGUGAAUUUGAACCAUAUGUUGCGCAAGUCGGUGGUCAAGCUAAAGCCGACUGUGUUGUGGUGCUACAAGGACAAACUCGAAAUCAGCAGUCACAAAAAGAAGCGGAUGAAGCAAGUCAAGAAGUUAAUGGCGAGAGGCUUAUUCGAACCAGAGAAAGCUGAUUCUUUCUCAUUGUUUCUUGAAACAACAGAUAUCCAGUAUUGCUUAUACAAAGAUUCCGAAAGAAUUCUUGGUAACACGUUUGGCAUGUGUAUAUUGCAGGAUUUUGAAGCUUUGACACCAAAUCUCCUAGCAAGGACUAUUGAAACGGUUGAAGGUGGUGGAUUGAUACUAUUGCUGCUUCGCUCUCUUUCUUCGCUCACUAGUCUUUACACAAUGGUCAUGGAUGUUCAUGAGAGGUUUCGUACAGAAUCUCAUUCUCAGGCUGCUGCGCGCUUUAACGAACGGUUCUUACUUUCUCUUGCUUCAUGCAAAGCUUGCAUCGUAAUGGAUGAUGAACUAAACAUUCUACCUAUUUCAUCCCAUAUGAAAUCGAUCACCGCAAUUCCAGUUCAAGAGGAUUCUGAGGGACUUUCAGAAGCUGACCGAGAAUUGAAGAAUUUGAAGGAGCAAUUGAACGAUGAUUUCCCUGUCGGUCCUCUAAUUAGAAAAUGCUGCACUAUGGACCAGGGAAAAGCUGUUGUUACAUUCCUUGAUGCAAUUCUGGACAAGAACCUUCGAAGCACAGUAGCUUUACUUGCUGGUCGUGGACGUGGGAAGUCGGCUGCUCUUGGUCUGGCAAUUGCAGGAGCUGUUGCAGCAGGGUAUUCUAAUAUUUUUGUGACUGCACCAAGCCCAGAUAAUCUGAAAACUCUUUUUGAAUUCAUCUGCAUAGGAUUCAAUAUGCUUGAAUACAAGGAGCACUUGGAUUAUGAUGUUGUGAAAGGCAUAACACCUGAAAAUAAGAAAGCAACUGUCCGCAUUAAUAUCUACAAGCAGCACCGACAAACUAUUCAGUAUAUAGAGCCGUGUGAACAUAAAAAGCUCUCGCAAGUGGAAUUGCUGGUUGUUGAUGAAGCAGCAGCUAUACCUUUGCCAUUAGUGAAGGCCAUGCUUGGUCCGUAUCUUGUCUUCCUCUCUUCAACUGUGAAUGGCUAUGAAGGUACCGGAAGGUCCUUAUCCUUGAAACUGCUGCAACAGCUCGAGGAGAAAAAUCAGAUUUCGAGUAAAAGCACAGAGACUAUUAAUUCAGGCCGGCUUUUCAAAAAGAUCGAAUUGAGUGAAUCUAUCAGAUAUGCUUGUGGUGAUCCAGUUGAAUCCUGGCUUAAUGCUUUGCUCUGUCUGGAUGUUACAAACUAUAUCCCUAGUAUCAGCAGGCUACCCCCACCAGGCGAAUGUGAUCUCUACUAUGUAAAUCGGGACACUCUUUUCUCCUACCACAAGGACAGCGAAUUAUUUUUGCAGAGGAUGAUGGCUCUAUUUGUUGCAUCUCACUACAAGAACUCUCCAAGUGAUUUGCAGCUGAUGGCUGAUGCUCCAGCUCACCACUUGUUUGUACUACUUGGUCCUGUAGAUGAGUCCCAAAAUCAUCUUCCUGAUAUUCUGUGUGUAAUCCAGAUCUCUUUUGAGGGGCAAAUUUCUCAAAUAUCUGCUACAAAAAGCUUGAGUAGAGGUCAUAUGCCAGCUGGAGAUCAAAUACCUUGGAAAGUUUGUGAACAGUUCCGUGACACAGUAUUCCCCAGCCUGUCUGGUGCUCGCAUUGUUCGCAUUGCCACACAUCCAAGUGCAAUGAGGCUUGGAUAUGGUUCGGCUGCUGUUGAACUUUUGGCAAGGUACUUUGAAGGUCAACUCAGUCCAAUAUCUGAAGGUGAUGUUGAAGAUUUUCCGGAGAAUUCUCCCGUCAGAGUCACUGAAGCAGCUGAGAAGGCGUCUCUGCUUGAAGAAAAUAUAAAGCCUCGGACUGAUCUUCCUCCACUGCUUGUGCCUCUUCGUGAGAGGAGACCAGAAAAUCUCCACUACCUUGGAGUAUCUUUUGGGCUUACUCUCGACCUUUUCCGUUUUUGGAGGAGACAUAACUUUGCUCCGUUCUACAUUAAUCAUUCCCCAAAUCAAGUAACCGGCGAGCAUACUUGCAUGCUUGUGAGGCCAUUAAACAAUGAUGACAUUGAAUCUAGUGGGUCUGACCCAUUGGGGUUUUUUAGCCCUUUUUAUCAAGUGUUCAGGAAGAAGUUUACUAAGUAUUUAGCCCGUGCAUUCCGUCACUUGGAAUACAAGCUUGCCAUGAGUAUAUUGGAUCCAAAGAUCAACUUCUCAGAGUUGGCUGGUGCCUCGUCCUGUACAAGUGGAGAUUUGAGUUCUAUCAGUGGAUCAUUGUCAGCCUAUGGUAUGGCGCAACUGGAAGCAUAUACAAGCAAUCUUGUUGACCAUCACAUGACUGAAGACUUUGUGAAUGAUCUUGCACUUGCUUACUUCUGGGAGAAGAUUCCUGUUAGCUUGUCAUAUGCCCAGGCUUCUGUCUUGCUCUGCAUUGGUCUGCAGGGAAAGGAUAUCUCAUGCAUUGAGGCAGAGAUGAAACUGGAAAGCAAUCAGAUACUUUCUUUAUAUAAGAAAAUUAUGAAGAAGUUUUACAACUACCUAAGUGGUAUUUCAUCGGAAGAGCCUCAACCGACUGCUUCUCGCUUAAAAGAUAUUAUAAUGGAACCUCAUCCAGUAUCUGUCGAUGAAGAUCUCAAUGCUGCAGCAAAACAAGUCCAGGAUGAGAUGAAAUCGAAGCUCGACGGUCAAUUGGAUCCAGAGCUCCUUCAACAAUAUGCCAUUGUCGAUAAAGAAGCUGAUUUUGAGAGUGCUUUGCAAAAUGGUGGUGGGAAGGUACUCUCUGGCGGUAUAAUUAGCAUCAAAUCCAGUAACAGGAAGGUUGAGAAGAAACACGUGAAACAGUCGGAGAUGGAAAAGAGCGGGAAAAAGAGGAGCAAACAUGACCGUGGUUCCAAAUCAAGCAAGAAGAGAAAGGCUUGA